AUGGCAUCUAAAAAACCCAGAGUGAUGCAAAAGUUUAAUCGGAACUGGAUGGAGUAUUCUUCCUACAAGGCGUGGUUGAGACCUAGUAAUAAAGGUGAUUACUUUGCUUUUUGUACAUUUUGUAACACAGAUCUUUCAAUUGGAAGUGCUGGGAAGAAUGAUCUCUUUAGACACACAAAAACAAACAAACACAUAAAUUCAAGUCCUGGUGGAUCUAGCUCGCAAACAUUAUUGACAGAUUUAUUUUCAAACAAAAACAUUGAACCAGUCAAAAGAGGAGAGAUUUUGCUCGCAGCGUUUAUAGCUGAACAUAAUAUUCCCAUGAACGUUAUGGAACACUUGCCUCAAUUGCUAAAAAACGUGUGUCCCGAUUCACAAAUUGCAAAAAGUAUUAGUUGUGACAGAACAAAAACUUCAGCUAUUCUAAAGAAUGUGACUGGCAUAACUGCAAAACAGAUGUUAAUGGAAAAGUUACGAAACCUUAAAUUUUCUUUGAUCGUCGAUGAAAGCACUGAUAGGGGAUGUGUUAAGCGUUUAUGCAUAUUAGCACGAUUUUUUGAAAGCAAAGUGGAGGAUGCAUUUGUUUGUCUAAUACCCCUUGAAGAGGCUACUGGCCAACAUAUUAAAAAGGUUUUUAGUGACAAUAAAAUCCCAAUGGACAAUUUUAUCGGAUUUGCAGCUGAUGGUGCGAAUGCCAUGAUGGGACAGCACAAUUCAUUAUCAUCCCGUCUAGUUGCCGAAAACCCUCAUCUGUUUGUAUUGAAGUGUGUAUGUCACUCAUUCCAUCUUUGUGCAUCGUAUGCGUGUUUAAAAUUGUCAAGAGAGCCCGAAACUCUCAUAAGAGACAUUUAUAGUUAUUUUAAUAACAGCCCCAAAAGAACUGGAAUUCUAAAAGAGUUUCAGCAGUUCUUAGAUCUAAAGCCCCAUAAAAUACUUCAUCCUGCUCAAACUCGAUGGCUUUCGCUAAGAGCAGCAGUUUGCCGUAUUCUAGAACAGUAUGCCGCACUCAAAUUAUAUUUCACCGAAGCCGCUCUUACGGACCACUUGAAUGCUGAUUCCAUCUUGUUUAGAUUAAACAAUCCAUAUAAUAAGCUGUAUUUAGAGUUUUUGGAAUUUUCAUUAGAGUUAUUUAAUAAUAUGAAUAAGCUGAUGCAGUCAGAACGGCCGCAAAUUCAUAAAUUGCAUAACAAUAUGGUAACGGUUUAUAAAUCUUUAUUGGAAUGUUACAUGGACGACGAAUAUGUUUCGCGAACAGAAGCCGGAUUAAUUCAGAUUGACAAUCCACGUCAUUAUAAACCAAUAGAUAACCUUUACCUAGGAGCGAAGGUAUCAGCCUCCCUUGCCUCCACGAAUUCAAACACUUUAAACCAAGAUGAUAUUAAAGCAUUUAAACUCAAAUGUCUUGACUUCUUUAUUGAAGGGGCAAAGCAGAUCAAAAAAAGAUAUGAUUUCAGCAAUGAUGUCAUUAAAGAAAUGCAGUUUCUUGACCCACAUGUCGUCAAGUCUCGUAAAAUAAAUUCAUUGGUCGCUUUGGCUGUAAAGUUCCCAAAUUUGAUCUCAGUCAAUGAACUACAACAACUUGACACAGAGUGGCGGUUUUUGCGUAAUAAUAAAGACCUAGCCCCUGAUGAAUCAGAAGACGUCGAAACCUACUGGUGUAAAGUCACUGCAGCCCGUGACCCUGCUAACUACAGCAAUCAAUUGUACCCUACUCUGUCAAAAUUUGUUUCUGCGAUACUAAGUCUACCUCAUUCCAGUGCCGCCGUAGAGAGGAUCUUCUCUUCUAUAAAUUUGAUAAAAUCCAAACAACGCAAUAGACUUAAUACCACUACUAUCGAAGGUCUUUUACAUACAAAGCAACUGAUUGGUGCAAAACCUUGCUAUAGCCUCGAGGUUGAUAAUAAAUUACUGUUAAAAUUUAACAAAAAUAUGUAUGAUUGAAAAUAAUAAAGUAAUUUUUAGUGUGAUUAUUGCAAAUGUGUGAGUUAGAGUUGUUUGUUUAAAUUAAUAUUUAAAUUUUAUAGUACAUAUGUAAGUACUUCAGUACAUAAAAAGUCAAUUUUAUUAAUUUGUUGUUGCUUAUUUAAUACAUGAUUAAUAAUUCUA